UAAACACCUAACGUACUGCGUUGUGUUUCUUUAUUUCAUUUCAAGUUGCGUUACAAUUGAGUUUUGUCUUGCAUGUCAAUAGUUUAUUAUAAGUUUUCAGUAGCAGCCCUGGAAAGCGGAUUACGGUUCUACGUUGUAGUUUUGAAACGGUAAAAUAUGUUGAAUAUUAAACCUGAAAAUGACGAUGCAGAAGAAUACUCCGUUGAACCAAAACCGUUUGAUGUGCUGUUCAAAAACAAUGAAAUAUCUAUAGUAGAGGAUUAUUUGGUUAAGAAUGAAGUAGAUGAUACUUAUGAAGUUUUAAAGCGGUUUAAUAUAUUGAAAAUUAAACCUGAAAACGAUGAAACAAAAGAAGAGUUGUUGGAAAAAUCGUUUGAAGUCAAUGAAAACAAACCGUUCGAUAUGCAGUUCUUAAACAAUGAAAUUUCUACAACAAAUAAGUGUUUAGUAAAGAAGGAAGUCGAUAAUAAUUAUGAUAUUCAUUUUUCGUGUAAAACACAGUCCAAUUGCGACCAAUCUUACAUCAAAAUUCAUAAAAGGAUACAUACCGGCGAGAAGCCCUUUAAAUGCAAUAUUUGUGAAAAAAAAUUUGGUCAAAUAUCUCACCUCAAAACUCAUGAACGCAUACACACCGCCGAGAAACCUUUUAAGUGCGAUGUCUGUAAAAAAACAUUCAGUCAUCAAUCUGCUCUCAAGAGACAUGCACGUAUUCAUACCGGCGAGAAACCGUUUAAAUGCGAUGUCUGUGAAAAAACAUUCAGUCAUCAAUCUGCUCUCAAGAGACAUGCACGUAUUCAUACCGGCGAGAAACCGUUUAAAUGCGUUGUCUGUGAAAAAACAUUCAGUCAACAAACUCAUCUCAAGAACCAUGCACGUAUUCAUACCGAAGAGAAACCCUUUAAAUGCGAUGUCUGUGAAAAAUGUUUUAAUAUACAAUCGAACCUCAAAGUUCAUGAAAAAACACAUUCCGGGGAGAAACCUUAUAAAUGCGUUGUCUGUGAAAAAACAUUCGGUCAACAAUCUGAUCUCAAGAAACAUGCACGUAUACAUACCGGCGAGAAACCAUUUAAAUGCGAUGUCUGUGAAAAAACAUUCAGUUUAAAGUCCUAUCUCAUAAUUCAUGAACGCAUACAUAUUGGUGGGGUACGAUACAAAUGCUCAGCCUGUGACAAAUCAUAUGGUCGCCAAGAUACUCUCAAAAGGCAUCAAGCAAAAGCACACGGCUCAUAGUUUCAUAAACCUUACGUGACUAUUUGGCAGUUUUUCAAAAUCGAUUUGUUAUUAUUUUGCAAUUUUUUUUACUUACGAUUUAUUUCAGAUUUAGUAUACUUUUAUUAGUUUUCUUAUAAUAUUUAAUUUAUUACUAUCGGUUAACAGAUCAAUAACAUAAGUAUUAGUUUUUAAUUUAUUUUUUCGACGGAUCACAUGAAUUAUUUAGUAUUUAUAUUUUUAUAAUGUAUUUUUUAAU